AUGUCAGCUUUUAUGACAAUUCCUGGACGUAUGCAUUUGUCAAUGGACAUUGCAAAAACGAGCUUAGCAAUUUCAAUAAAAGAAGAUAUCCAAGAAAUAACGGCUACUGUACGAAAUCUCGAAAAGACCUGUAGUGUUCCCGAACUGAACUCUUGGUUGUUCCCCAACAAACCUUACACGUUCGUAGACUCGAUCACGGUGCAGAGUGGAAUAUCCUACGAAAAAUCUUUGGAAUUUUUACUCGACAGGAUUUAUGUGUCUAUAAGAUUUUUAACCAGCCAUUUAGAAAAACAUAGUCAAAACAGAUGCUUUUCGCAGAACCGUUGGAUUUCUAAAAUAUGUAGUUUUAGUUUUGCUAACCUAAUCAAUAUUUUGGUUACUUCCGUGUUGGAAUUCACCGAAAGCCAUAAGCAAACAAAGAAAACGGAAACCACAACAGCACGAAGUGACGAUAAAUGCGAUAAAGAAGUUCAAACUGAUAUCUUUUCUCUGAAUAGAUGUGACAGCUGUGCUCUGGCAAUAUCAUGCAUGAAAAAUUUAAUUACAUUCUUCGAAAACAGUCAACAAAACAGGGGAGGGAUUAAAAGACUAAAAAUUGAAUGCAACGUAUAUGAUACAACUCAAUUCGGAUGCAUGCUCAAAGUGACAUCAACAAUCGAAAAACAUGUAGAAGCAUUAUUUGAAAAGCUGCAUAUUUUGAAACAAAAUUACGAUAGCCUAAGACAAGAAAACUGUCAUACCAAAAGCUUGCUAAGAGAAAAAUCUAUUCACGAAAAAUUUGUUAAAGCAGAAAAUAGGACCUUCAAGGAAAAAUAUGAAAACUGUUUGUCAGCAUUGGCUAUAUCCAAAAGUGAAAAUAUAGACCUGAUUCGGAAGAACGAGACAAACGAUAAAUCGUUAAACAAAGCCAACACACUUGUGCAAAAUCAAAAGCAAAUAAUAAAUCAACUGAACUCAGAAAUCGCCCGGUUGUCAAUAGAAAACAAGAAUUGUUUUAAUACUAUCGCGAAAGCUAGGACUUUAUUAAAUGGCUUCCAUGAAUAUUUUAAUAAAAAAUCGACGGUCAUUGAAAAAUUAUGCGACCUAUUCGCGAACUCGACUUGCGAGAUUGAAAAAAGCGUUCACGGCAUUAAUGGAAAACACAUCAAACUUGCGAAGCAGUUGACAAAAUUUGACUUGAGAAUAAAAAGUUCUUUCGAAUUGACUAAGGAAUUUCAAAGCAAAUAUGAGGAUUUUAGUACUAAAAUCAUAACCGCGGCAAAGAAACAAAUGAACCAAGAAAGCGACUCAGACCCGAAACAAAUGAAACUAAAAGGCGAUCCGGUCGAAGAUUUAUCUCAACGAAUCAUGAAUAACGAAAAUAUGAUUAAAACCUUACAAAACGAAAAUACCAGACUUUUGCAGUUACUGCAAAAAAUUAAUAGUAUAAAGUCUUGAUAUACGUAGCCACAGCAGAUCUCAACUCAUUAAAAAAAAAUAAUUUCUUUCAACAUAAUUUUAUUGUGUAAUUAAAUUUUUUUUUUCGUAUAUACAGUGUGGUAAAGUAUUAAUAUCAAUCUAGCAAAACACAGAACAAACAUAUGAUAGUAAAAAUCUCUUUCUUACCAAUGAGCGUUAUUUAGGACAUAAUAGAUGAAACGCGUUGAUAAAAAUUUAGUGUGUUCGCUUGAGUAUUUUAUAAUGAUUGAGUUACCUUGUAUUCAUGUUUUAAUUAUUAAAUCAAAAUAGAUCCUGAAUACGGAAAAUGUGUUUGUUAUUCCAGCUGCCUUUGCGAUUGCUUAUGUUAAUAUUUAUUUCAAUUUUUUUAUAUUAUAUAAUUUAUUAUCAACGUUUCAAAACAAUUGUGAAAGUGUGACUGCAUUACUAGGCGAACAGCAAUUUGAGGUAUAUCAAUUUUACAUCUACGUGGUUCUUUGGCGUGCAAAUGUUGACUUUUUGCAUGAUAGUAGAUCAUUAGCUUAUUUACAAAAUGUAGUUUUUUAGGCUCAAUUAUAUUAACUAACUAACAAAAUUUCCUUAAUUUUUAAAGUAGAAUUUUCUCUCGUCAGUGAAGUUACCCAUUCGCAGUCAGUUAGUUGUUCAAAAUUGUCAAACACUGGGAGAAACCACAACUGAACACGA